ACCAACCUCAGCUGAGCUUCUGCUGAAAGCUAAAACUUUUUUUUUUCAUUUUUGCUCAAAUUUUUUUUUUUUUUUGGUUUUUGCUCCUCGGACCUGGUGCUGUCUCAAGGAGAGGAUAUUUAACAUGGGGCCUCCAAAAAUGCCAAACCGCAGAGCAUCCAAAAGAAUUUUAAAGCCAGUGAUUGAGAAGAAGAGGAGGGACCGUAUCAACCAGAGAUUAGACGAGCUGCGGACGCUCCUGCUGGACAACACGCUGGACGCGAGACUCCAGAACCCCAAACUGGAGAAAGCAGAGAUCCUGGAGCUCACUGUCGAGUACAUCAGGAAGAAAACAGAAGAAAGCAAAGAUUUUAAGAAGGAGUCGUCGGACACAGUAGCCGCAGUGCUGACCGCCAGGAAACCCCGCCUGCCUUGCAUCUCCCUCCACGACCCCACCCAACACCAUGCCAGCAACCCGCUCUACACAGCUGGCUUCCAGGAGUGCAUCUCGCGUUUGGCCAGCUUUGUCGAUUGUGUGGAGCCGUCGCAGAGAGAGCACUUCAUCCAGGGCCUCCGACACCAUCUGGAUUCGCGUUCCAUCUGCAUUCCCAGCCAUCCCUGGGCCUCUGGAACCUCAGAACCGUUCUCCUACACCAACAACCAUCAACUGUAUCCCACAUCCUUCGUUCUCCAUCACCCUCAUGCUUCAGGACAGGCUCUAACCCACCCUUACCCUUCUCCUCCAUAUUCCCUCUCUCCUCCGCCCUCCCCCUGCUACUCCAGCGCCUCCCCGCCCUUCUCCACCUCCCCCACGUACCUCUCCGUUCCCUGCCAUUUCCCUUUCCCUCCGUCCAUAUCCCCUCUAUCUGCUGACUCCUCGUCCUCCUUGUCUUUCGCCACUUCCACUCCAGCAGUGACUGUUGCAGCAGCCCCCCAGCCUCUGAUCAAGGCCGGACCCUCAACGCCGCUCCAGCCGGCAGUUCCAACGGCCCCCUCCCGUCAACCCCAGAGGACUCUGAGGAGAGCCUUGUUUCAGAACCAGCAGCAGAUCAUCUGGAGGCCAUGGUGAACGCUGAAGAACUAGAAUUGAUAUGCUGGUAGUUAAGACCCUGAGUGUUGGGGACCCUGUGUAGGUCAAAAUGUAACUGCUGUAGGUGUGGCUUCAGGGUCUUUGGUGGUCAUGGCUUGGGCUUUGGUGUUCCAAUGCUCCGUAGAAACUGUCCAGACACUGUCCAAGGCUGGAAAUCCCAGAGAACCAUGAGAAAUGCUUACAGUACUAUGGCAUAAUGUAAGUUACCCAUUUAAACCUCAAGCUUUCAUACUGCUUUUUAUAAUCAGACACAUUAUCUGGACUAUACACAUAGUAACUGUACUAUAAAUUAAUCCGUUUCCACUGUGAAACUAAUGUCAUGUAUGAAAGUGAUGAACUGAAGUCAGGGUUAAGGGGUCACUAAGCCCCCUAUCUAGCUAACCUUGGCCCCCCUGACUCCUUCAGCACCUCUGAAUGGGGCUGAGAAUAAAGAUGUUACUAUGGUGGCUCUGAAAUGAGGCGAGAAGGAGCCGCGUACCUCACAGGCCGAUGUCACGUGACGCAAGGAUGUCACUUCUCUAAUAAGACGAGCUGUUAUAAAUGUAUGUUUUUCAGCUGUUGUCAUAGAAACUAUCCUCGCUGUCAAUAUUUCUCUGUACUGUCCUGACUUUAUCUACCUGUUCUGCCUUUCCCCUUCAUAUUAUAAAGAAACCGUGUAAAUAUAUUUAUUUUUUUCUGUCCGUGUACGGCGCUGUAAAUUAAUUGUACAUUUUACACUUAAUAAAGCUCUAAUUUUGUUACA